CGCCCCGCCCCGCGAUGCUCCGCUGCCUCCGCCGCGCCCGCGCCCACCCCGCCGCGGCCUGGGGCCGGCGCGGCGCCGGGCGCCCGGCGAUGACGCCGCUGCCCUUGGCCUACGCCCUGCUGGACGGGCACGAGCCGCGCGCGCCCCUCGUCCUCCUGCACGGGCUCUUCGGGAGCAAGACCAACUUCCGCGGCGUGGCGCCCGCGCUGGUGCAGCGCACGGGCAGGAAGGUACUGACAAUAGAUGCACGUAACCAUGGCGAAAGCCCUCACAGCCCCAUCAUGACCUACGAAGCAAUGAGCUUGGAUGUCCAGCACCUCCUGAGCCAGCUGCACAUCAGCAAGUGCAUCCUGAUUGGGCACAGCAUGGGCGGCAAAACAGCCAUGACACUGGCACUGCAGAGGCCAGAUCUAGUGGAGCGCCUGGUAUCUGUUGACAUUAGUCCCACCCCAACGGGGCCUGUCACAAGCUUCCCUGCCUACAUCUCUGCCAUGAAAAGCAUGAGCCUCCCACGUGGGAUCCCCCGCUCCACUGCACGCAGGCUAGCUGAAGAUCAACUGCGUUCGGUCAUCCAGGUACCAGCUGUGAGACAGUUCCUGCUUACUAAUCUGGUGGAGGUUGAGGGCUACUACAUGUGGCGGCUGAACUUGGAGGCCAUUUCCCACCACCUCCCUGAUAUUAUCACAUUCCCAACCUUCCAGUCAUAUUACCCGGGACCCACUCUCUUCCUGAGAGGCUCCAAGUCCCCUUAUGUCAGUGACACGGACUCCUCAGAGAUUGAGCGGCUCUUUCCCAAGGCCAAGGUCCAGUGUAUUGCAGGUGCUGACCACUGGGUCCAUGCAGAUAGACCACAGGAGUUUGUUGCUGCCAUCUCCAACUUCCUGCUGCUGCCAUAAAACCUGGAGACAGAGAUCGGGAUUGCUGCACAUGGCUGAUCCUGGAGCACCACAUCAGGGAUGUCCAGUACUCUGGAGGAUGGACCCCAACCAUAGGUGGAUUAAUGCACGGGCAAGCUGGGUCUGGUCCCAGGGGCCCCUGCCUCCACGUGGACAAAACUGGUGGCUGGGCUGGGCUGGGCUGUGUGUGUGCAAUGUGGCAGGCCAUAGCUGCUGGAUGCGGUUUGUCAGGCACUGCUGCAGCUGCAGUGAGCUUCAGCAGGGUGGGGGGCUGCUGCUGGAGCUGUCUGCACUGCACACACCCAACAGGCAGAGGCUCUGAACCCUGGUGCCACCUCCAGUGCAGACCUGCAUGUGGGGGCAACCACAGCUCCUGCCCUGGGCCUUAAGGGCAGUGCGUCCCGCUCCAGGUGCUGCUCCCGCUGUACCGGCCAGGGACAGAGCCUGCAGCUGAGGGCCUGGUUUGGGGGGCCUAGGCUUGGUGCCCCAAUUAAUCUUAAUCUGCCUCAGACUGAGACAGGAUUCCCCACCACCACCACAUGCUAGGCCAGACCAAGGCUGAUGGGGCAGGAGGCUUGGGCCUGGCUUUUAAUGGCUCUCUGGCUGGCCACAGCAUGUGGGCAGGGCUGCAGUAUCAGGCCAGGACUACUCAGCUGGAGGUGUUUUGCACUUGAUGUUCUUCACAGGGUGCUAGAGCAGAGCCUUGGGGCUGAAUUUUUUCAAGAAACAGUGUACCCCUUGGAGGUGUUGGUGCCAUUGUUCCUGUCCCAUAGUGGGCACUGGUCUGGAAUUGCUCUGCCACCACCCCUUUCAAUCCUCAUCCAGCUGCUUUCUGGCACCUAUGGAGCCUGCCUGGGCCCCCUCUCAGGGUCUCUGGGUGGGGAAGAAGAUACAGGAAUCCAGUCUUACUAGAGUUCCUCAUUGAUACCCAGCCCUGCUGAGGGCUCCCAUCCCUACCCCAAAGCUGAGCCCAGGACUUUCUCUGCUCUGGCACUGCCUGUCUAUGUACCCACUUGCCACUAUACAGUACUUAAAAUAAAGCUGACUCUGCACUGGCCUUCUCUCAGAAGUCAGAGGAGACCAGCAGUGAGCUUGA